CCUCAGGGGCCGCGCAUGCGCGCUGAGGUUGGCGGGGAGGGAGGGAGAGACAAGAUGGCGGCGCCCGGCGGAGGGAGCGUGGAUGAUGAUGAAGCUGAGCCCGUGUUGGGGCGGUUGGAGGAGGAAGCGAGGAAGAGGCAGGAGAGGCUGAAGGCUCUGCGGCAGAGAGCUCUGCAGAAUAACAACAGCGGCGAACCUGAGGCCAAGCAGUUCAAAAAAGAAGAUGAGGAGGAGGAGACUGUCAAGCACAGGGAGAUCAUACUGCGAAACUAUGACCCUGAAGAUGAGGAGCUGAAGAAGAGGAAAUUGCCCCCAGCCAAGCCAGCCUCAGUGGAAGACAAUGUGAAGGACCAGCUGGAGACAGCUAAGCCAGAGCCCAUCAUUGACGAAGUGGAUCUGACAAACCUGGCCCCCAGGAAGCCGGACUGGGAUUUAAAACGAGACGUAGCCAAGAAGAUGGAGAAGCUGGAGAAGAGGACUCAGAGAGCCAUCGCUGAACUGAUCCGAGAGCGCUUGAAAGGUCAGGAGGAGGAGCUGGCAGCAGCUGUUGGGUCAGCAAAGCAGGAUGGAAGCGACUCUGACUGAUGUGCUCCAUCUGGACAUGGGCUCUGCCAGCAACACCAAUCCCAUUGCUGUCAGGUAGAGGAGCCUCAUUGCUGACCAGCACUUUGCCAGGAGCCCACGAGUCCUGGAGGAAAGGAGCAGAUCUGAGGAACAAUGUUUCCAUCUCUGAGACUGUGGCUGGUGGAUGAAGCACGUUUCGCAGACCACUUUUUAGGACCACGGAGGGUUGAUGGGAGUGGGACAGACAUCCAGUUUGCCUUGAACUUGACGGGAGUUGGAGCAGGGAAGAUGUGGGCAAAAGGACCGAGUGCCAAAGAACGUACAUCCAGGAAACUCUCCUCUCAGUUCCUUGGUUAAGAGAUCCCCACAGAGCCUACAGCAUCCCUUAGGGGCAGUGCUUUUUGUCAGGGUGCUCCUUUCUGCAGAAAACUGAUCUCACUGUUAAAGAGAACAACAGGGUCUCUUGCUCUGGAGAACAUCUGCUCAGUAUUAGGGAAUCUUUCCCCCAUGGUCACACCCAGCAUGUAGAGAGUGACUCUCCUGGAAGAGUUGUGUGCUCAGGACUCAUUGACUGCUCUGUGUUGGGAGAUGUGUCCAACUGAGAGGCUAAUGUAUGUUUCUAAAGCUUCCAGACCCUCCAGGCUGUGCAACGUGCACCAUUCCUCUGUAUGUUUUAUAAUUGACAAAGUUUGUUGUAACAAGUAUUUUUCAUAAUAAAAUUAUCCCACCGUGGAGGAA